CACACGGACCCCAAUACGAAGAUGGCUAGAUAAUAUCUUGCAUAGCAACCACUAGCACUGCUUAACAAUUCUUGUUUACGCAUCCUGCCAUGAUGCCGCUGCCCCGCUGGCGCUUCCGGCGAUUAGUCGUCGUAGCAUCUGCCCUGGCCUUUAUUUUUAUUUGCGCCGCCCAAUGGUCUUAUGGUGAAAUUCCGAGUGAAGAACAUGGAUAUCCCCUUCUUGCUAGAUACGUACAAUCCCAGACGGGAAAAGGCGGAGCAUGGCAUAUCCCCGAAGAAUGGCUUGACGAUCCGACUUCGCGACCCCAGACAAUCGUGGACGCAGCAAAACUAGCUACACGAAGAGCAACCUUGUCGACCCAGAGAAGGAUACCGCAUUCUGAGAUCCCACUGAUCGUCCACCAAACAUGGAAAAAUACGCAAGUUGAGACAUGGUCGCCGGUGAUGCGCCAAAGCGCGACAAGAUGGCUCGAGGCAGUCGAGGAAGACAGAAUGGCCUACUUUCUCUGGGACGAUGAGGGUGUCGCGCAAUUCGUCAAAUAUUUCGAGCCUGAGCUAGAGGAGCAGUUCUACUCCCUCCCCAGCAAUGUGGAAAGGUCUGAUGUGUUUCGUAUACUGGUGGCGAAAUGGAUUGGAGGGAUUUACGGCGACAUGGACACUGAACCACUUCGAAGCCCCUCAUCUUGGAUUACGACAGACGAUCUCCGGAAUUGGAAGGACGCAGAGACAAACCAGCUCUAUGGGCCCGCUGGCCAGAUACGAGCGAUCGUGGGUCUCGAAGCCGAUUGUCCGCCAGAGAGCGAUGCAUACUGGCGCAUGGGCUACGCCGAGCCUGUUCAGCUAACACAGUGGUCGCUCGCGGCGGCACCAGGACAUCCCAUUUUCCAAACGUUCCUCGAUCGCCUCUCUGCUAGUCUCAAGAACACAACGUCUAGCAAGGGCAGUCAUAAACAUUCUCCACAGGACCAGGCUAUGCUACGGAGAAUCGAUCCCCUCCUGCUUACGGGGCCCGCAGCCUUUACAGACUCCGUAAAGGGAUGGCUGGCAACAACUAUUGGGCUGCGGUGGAAUGCCUUGUCCGGAUUAACAGAUGGAGGGCAAAGCAAGGUUGUCGGGGAUAUCUUGGUGCUCCCAAUUACUGGAUUUAGCCCCGGAAGAGGCACAUACGGGAAUAUGGGGUCGAAAUCCAUUGAGGACCCUUCUGCACGCCUGUUACAUCACGCACAAGGAUCAUGGAGAAAGACUGAUAUCGUAGUCGAGCUCGGGAAAUUUUGCCGCACGGCCUUUGGGUUAUGCAGGGACUGGUCGAAGGUUUCGUAUGCUCCAGAGUGACAUUCUAUUACGCAUAGACUCUCUAAUAAUGGAUAUAAUUCGUAAUCUGCCAAACCUUAUUUGGUGCGAAGAUGUAUCUCCUAUCAACCGUUCACGUCCAAUUUAUCUUGACUCAGCUACACAAUCUGGUGUCGCUGAAUAUUGCCGGGCGGCUUGAAUCGAAUUCACAUAUAUUCCCCGAGUUAAUGCCGGCCCCAUCUCCCUACUUAUGCUAUCCAAAAGGCUUUGUCAGAAGGUUGGAGCGAAAGUAGUGUGAAAGUUAAAGUAAAAUAACACGGCCCGAUUGCGUAAAAUCUACUCGCUUUUAGUUCGCAUCAUUUGACUGUGCAAGUUUAACAUGACGAAUCAGCAUACGAGACUUUGUGCUGUUGGAUGGUUCAAGACGAUCUAGGCCUUCCGUAGAACCCCAUUCGGUGGUGGGGCGAAGAAAAGCCAAAAGGCCGAUACAUCAUA